AGCACGUCUUCGUCCUCAAGUGCCGCGCAAGACGACAAUGUAAUCGCGCAUCAAGAUCGUGAUCAUGCAGAUGACUUUGAUCCACAUGGGGAAGAUCUUUUCAACAAUAGUGGUAGUUGCGAAGAAAGCAAGAAGAGUCUACGUUGUUCCACUAUGACGG